AUGACCGGUCAAUCUAAGCCCGCCCUCUCACCUUGGGGCAGCGCCGUUGCAGGCGCAACAGGUGCAGUGCUCGCGAACGCGAUGGUAUACCCUCUUGACCUGGUCAAGACGAAACUGCAAGUACAAGUUAAGGAGAAGAACGGCGCCGCUUCAUCCUCCGACCUCGAGCACUAUGAAUCGACUCUUGAUGCCAUCACCAAGAUCGCGGAGAAAGAAGGCAUUAGCGGCUUGUACUCUGGAAUGGCGGGAUCCCUUCUCGGUGUUGCAUCGACAAACUUCGCAUACUUCUAUUGGUACAGCGUCGUAAGGACCCUGUACAUGGCCUCGGCCAAAUCACCGAAACCCCCUGGUACCGCAAUCGAGCUCUCCCUCGGUGCUGCAGCAGGUGCCGUGGCCCAGAUCUUCACAAUCCCGGUCGCCGUUAUAACGACCCGCCAACAGACACAGCCGAAGGGUGAUAAGAAGGGGUUGAUCGAGACGGGUCGGGAGGUGGUUGAGAGCGAGGACGGCUGGACCGGCCUGUGGCGCGGACUGAAGGCCAGUUUGAUUUUGGUCGUCAACCCGGCCAUUACAUAUGGCGCGUACCAGCGUCUGAAGGAGGGUUUGUUCCCAGGAAAGAACAACCUUAAGCCUUGGGAGGCAUUCCUCCUCGGUGCUAUGUCUAAGGCUCUGGCCACAAUCGCUACCCAGCCUUUGAUCGUCGCCAAGGUCGGCCUGCAGUCUCGUCCCCCACCAAGCCGAAAUGGCAAGCCCUUCAAGAGCUUUGUGGAGGUGAUGAAGCACAUCGUCGAUAACGAGGGUCUUCUGGCUCUCUUCAAGGGCAUUGGGCCUCAGAUCUUGAAGGGUCUUUUGGUCCAGGGUCUUCUGAUGAUGACCAAGGAGAGGAUGGAAAUCCUGUUCAUUGUCUUGUUCGCCUACCUGAAGGGCAUCAAGAAAGACAAGUUGAGCAAGGUCGUGGACUCAGCAGCAGCAAAGGCCCAGGCCAGCCGACCCGCCACUUUGAAAUAA